AUGGAUUACACAAACUUCACAAUCCCUGAGCUAUUUCAAAAGCUUUCCAUUGGUGAAAUUCAAUCUUUGAGCUCCACUUAUAAAACUCAGGCUGUGGAUGCUAAAGUUCAACUUCAAUCGCUUGUUAGUGACAAUUAUCGUGAUAUUAUAGGUAUAACCGACGAAAUCAACAACACCCAUAAACUUACCCAGAAUUUAUCCAAAAGUUUAUCAUCAUUAGCAUAUUCCAAAUCUAACUUUGUAAGCUUCAAGCGUGUUCUGAAGUCAACUCGUCAAAUCAACAAGAAAGCCAUUGCUAAUAUCAUAAUCCAUGAUGAAUUGACAGAAUUUGAUUUGAGAUUGAACAAUGAUUUACCCUCCCACACCUCGGAGUAUGUGACUUAUGCUAAGAUUUAUCACAUUCUUGGUACCUUUGAUGCCAUUAAAAAUAACAAUUUACUCAAAUCCAAGUUUGAACGGAUGAAAACCAGGUUUAUUAAUACUUUAAACGAUUUGAUAUCAACCUAUAAUGUCCCCCUUCAGUCGGUCUAUACACGUAACUCAGAUACUUACGUACCUUCCCACCACUUGAAAUUGAGUGAUAUGGUAUCGAAUCAACCAGUAGAUGUCAUCAAUGAAUCAGAUUUGGAAUUUUUAGAUAUCGACGAAUCUUCAGGGGAAUUACCUAUCUAUAACUACCUACUUGCUUAUAUAAUCAUAACGGGUACAAUAACCAAAUCUCCUGCUUUGUUUCAUUUCCUAGAACUCAGGGUCAAACAUUUAAACAAGGUGAUUGGGAUUUUGAAGUCUAAGAAUUGGGGAACGAAAUUUUCCCCAUGGAAAAUCGUCAGAUAUAUUGAAAAUACCAUGGGAUACGUUUCAGUAUUCAACCAGUUAUCGAAGUUCAAACUCCCAUUGGUUUUGAAUGACACAGACUUUGGAAAAUUCAACAAUGAGGCAUUCAAAGGUGAUUUAUCUGAUCUUCAAACAGAAAUCAAUGACUUUCAAGCCACAAUGAUGCAACAAGUAACUACAAUAUUCAGUUUACUUAUCGCUUCCAGCGAAUUGGGAGACGUGAUGACAAUUUUCAUUAAUUUUAUGGCUUCUUUCCAAAAAUUGAGUACUUGGUGUGAAGAAAAUGGCUUCAAAUCAGUGACCCACGCCCAACUAAAAAGUAACGAUUGCAUCCAGGAAAUGAUAAAAACCUGUAAGUCCAGGUUUCCCCCAAUAUUAAAGGAUUUACACUCGAUUCUCGAACAAAUAACUGAUUAUUCAGUCAACGAGAAUCUUCUCUUCACCAAUGAAUUGGUAGAUAUGAUACACAAUGACAUGAAUAGUUAUUUCAACUUCAUCAACACUUCAGCCAAAUCAUCAUUGACUACUAUUGAUACCGCACCUGUCCUUCAUCAAUGGUUCACUUCCGUUGACAGUUAUAAAUCUUUGAUAGAUAUUGAAGGUCAACAAUUAUCCAAAUUACUCGACUAUUCCAAUAACAGUCGUAUUGUUGAAGGUUUCAAGCAAUUAUCUCAAGACCUUGCCCUCCAAAUAGAUGAGGAAUUAUCCAAGUUCAUCGAUUCUUUACAUACCAUAGUUAAGAAAUCUAUCGAAUCGUCCAAUACUGAUCACGUGUAUUACCUCCUUACAGUUCUCGUUAUACUAAACCAAAAGAGUGAACUUCAUGACCAGAUCUCCCCUGUAGCAGAAUCUUGUUAUCUGUACAUAUUCACUAGAGUGCACAACACUGAUUUAGAUAAUCAGUUAGAAGCUAUUUUCACCAGUUUGGCCAAUGAAACAGACCCUGUAGAACUUGACUCCAUCCAAGUAUCAUUGAAAUUGUCCACUUUGUUUUACUCUUUGAGUACUCAAAUCAUCAAUCCUCAAGACUCAAGGUCUUCAGAUUACAUUUAUAGUAUCAUUGCCAGUGACCCUGCAUUCACCAUAAUGUUCAAACAAUCACAGAACAAAUGGCUCACUACCAUCUUGGAUAAGAUCUAUGAUAUCUUACAACCACUUGAAGUCCAACAACCAGGUAAAUACAAAGUAUUCGCCAAUUUAUGUUUCUUAGGAAACUUCAUAGGAAUGUCUCCCGACAUGUCGCGUCUAAAUUGGGAAAGUAAUGAUAUCGAUUUUAAAGAGAUUGAAUUAUCCAUUAAAGACUACUACAACGCUUGUAGUAACACAUAUUAUCCAUUAAACAUAUAA